UGUGAGGAGUGGAAUCAUUCUGAUUGUGCACCUAUCACCAUGGUGGACCUACGUAGUGGGAAAAGCACUAGCCCCUACACCCAGGAGCAACAAGAGAAGAUGGCCGCCUUAGUCAAGGAGAACAGGGAGAGAAAAGAGCUAGAGAAACAAGCGAAGCUAAAAGCUAUCGUAGACGAGGCGAAGAUGAAAGAGUUAGAAGAGGAGAUGGAGAAAAAGAAGAAGGCUGCUGAAGAAGAAGCGGCGGCAGAAGAAGAGAAGGAGAGAAUGAGAAUUGAGAGCAGAGAAGGGAGCAGUGGCACGAAGGAGGAUAAAGAUGCAGAGAUGGAAAAGAAAAUAAGUGAGUGGGUUGCUAAUUUAUCGUCGGGUGAAGAUGAGGAGGCACAGAUGUAUGUGCCACAGGAAGAGAAGGAGGCAUUUGGCAAGGCCCUCGCAAUGAUUGAGGACCCCCUUGAACGUCAAGAAGCCGAGGAGAAGAAGAGAUUGGAAUGGAAAUUGAGAAUGAAGAGGGAAAAGAAGAAGAAAAGGGAGGAAGCCACCAGGUUGACCGCAAAAGUCGAAAAGGUGCGGACGUGUAGACAGGAAGUCCAGGCACAAACAAAUGUUUCUGCCAAACUGGACAAGAUGUUGGGGUACUUAGAGGUGUUGAGUGAGGCCUGGCUAGAGGAACGACAUGCCAAUCAGGGCCAAGACAUCACCAUGAAAGCCAUGCGGUCAGGGUUUAGAGAGUUUGCGCGCGAGAUCGUCACCCACAUUGGGGGCGAAGUCAGGCAACUGAGGGAUAAUGUGGGGAAGUAUUGCGAAGGCGCCAUUGAGGGUGCCAAGGCCAUAGCUGUUGUGGAAGGCCAGGGCGGACCCCGUAAAGAACCUGUAAAGCUCAAGUUCCCAGACGCGUACAGGGGAAAGGAGGAGGAGAACUUUGACAACUGGGAGGCCGGUGUCAAUAGUUACAUCUAUUUGCAGCAUAUCCUCACAGAGGAGCAAGUCCUCGUGGCCUUUCAAGCUCUCAACGAUGAAGCAGCUAGUUUCUCCAGGUCUCUUGCACGCGCAACCGGUUGUGAAAACAACCUGGUUGCAUACUCAAAAGUCACCCCCCUUCCUCAAUUCCUUAAGCUCCUGAAGGAGCGAUUUGCUGACCCAACGAGAGGCGUUCGCGCCUCUGACAAACUGCAAACGAUCCACUCACGGCAGUGGAGGAGUGCAAGGGCACUCAAGGGUACCAUGAACGACUUGGUAGCCGUCCUGAACCACGGGGUUACUGAACCCCAACUGGUCCAGCUGUUUUAUCGUGCCAUGCCAGAGCCCCUGAGGGGGCACUUCUUUGACAAGUCUCAACAGGCCGGGAUCACAUAUGAUGUGUUGAGUAGGGAGGUGGUCCUGUAUGAGUCAAAGUCUAUGCUAGUCACCACUUUCUGGCAUAAAGACCUAGAGAAGGGRAAGAAGUGGAAGGAUCGUACCAUCUCAGGCCAAGUCAAGGCCAAGGAUSACUUGAUCCURACGUUAGAGGAGGGUGGUACUGAUGAGGUCCCAUAUGAACAGAUUGAGUGGGGCCUAGGGGACGAGGACAGUAGUGUAGGGCAGGGGAGGUCCUAUGCUGUUGUCSCGGCUGGAGGGAAGCCGCAAGGUAGAGGAGGAGGCCAGGGCCAAAGGGGCCAGGCCAUGGGAGGCCGAGGACCGGGCGCACAGGGGGUUGGCGGCCAAGGAAACCGCCAAGCGGGAGGUAGGGGUUAAGGUCCCCCGCCAAAUCGGCAGGGUAAUCGGUCUCAAGGAGGUUGGCACCCAGGCUUGCCACAGAGAAGGCCCUGGGAAGACUUGGGCUUGGACCAGCGGUUAUGGCAGGAACGCGUGAACCUGAGUCAGUGCGUGUUUUGUGGUGACCCGGCCUACGUAAUAAAAUUUUGUCCAAAGU